GCAACAGUCUCCGUUCACUCUGCUGUCACAGCGGCGAGGCCCAGCGGCUCCUCCCUCGCGGGAAGUGGCAUUCCGGGAUCGUUUCCACCCAGACGUCUGAGCCCCUGUGGCUGUGGACAGCGUCCCUGAGAGCGGAGCAGGGCGCGCGCUGACCGCUGAGAAGACGAGCCUGGGACGAGGCUAGUUCCGCCUCCCGGUCCCAGGAGUGAAUUGUAACCCACAAGGACAAUGAGUGAGGAGACUGUCCCCGAGGCCGCCUCCCCGCCGCCCCCGCGGGGGCAGCAGUACUUUGACCGCUUCUCAGAAAACGACCCCGAGUACCUGCGCCUUCGCAACCAAGCGGCGGACCUGCGGCAGGACUUCAACCUGAUGGAGCAGAAGAAGCGCGUCACCAUGAUCCUGCAGAGCCCGUCUUUCAGGGAGGAGCUGGAAGGCCUUAUCCAGGAGCAGAUGAAGAAGGGAAACAACUCCUCCAACAUCUGGGCUCUGCGGCAGAUUGCGGACUUCAUGGCCAGCACCUCCCAUGCGGUCUUCCCAACAUCUUCCAUGAACUUCUCCGUGAUGACGCCCAUCAAUGACCUCCACACGGCGGACUCCCUGAAUCUGGCCAAGGGGGAGCGGCUCAUGCGGUGCAAGAUCAGCAGUGUCUACCGGCUCCUGGACCUCUACGGCUGGGCCCAGCUGAGCGACACCUAUGUCACGAUGAGAGUCAGCAAGGAGCAGGACCACUUCCUCAUUAGCCCUAAGGGAGUUUCUUGCAGUGAAGUCACGGCAUCCAGCCUGAUCAAGGUGAACAUCCUGGGAGAGGUGGUGGAGAAGGGCAGCAGCUGCUUCCCAGUGGACACCACGGGCUUCUGCCUGCACGCGGCCAUCUACGCAGCCAGGCCCGACGUGCGCUGCAGCAUCCAUCUGCACACGCCGGCCACGGCCGCGGUGUCCGCCAUGAAGUGGGGCCUCCUGCCUGUCUCCCACAACGCCCUGCUGGUGGGGGACAUGGCCUAUUACGACUUCAAUGGUGAAAUGGAGCAGGAAGCGGAUCGGAUCAACCUGCAGAAGUGCCUUGGACCCACCUGCAAGAUCCUGGUGCUAAGAAACCAUGGCGUGGUUGCUCUAGGUGACACCGUGGAGGAGGCGUUCUAUAAGAUCUUCCACCUGCAGGCUGCAUGUGAGAUACAGGUGUCCGCCCUGUCCAGUGCCGGGGGAGUGGAGAACCUCAUCCUCCUAGAGCAGGAGAAGCACCGACCCCAUGAGGUGGGCUCCGUGCAGUGGGCUGGCAGCACCUUCGGGCCCAUACAGAAGAGCCGGCUGGGGGAACACGAGUUCGAGGCCCUCAUGAGGAUGCUGGACAACCUGGGCUACAGAACAGGCUACACAUACCGCUACCCCUUUGUUCAAGAGAAAACCAAACACAAAAGUGAGGUGGAGAUUCCGGCCACUGUCACAGCCUUCGUGUUCGAGGAGGAUGGCACCCCGGUGCCCGCCCUGCGGCAGCAUGCCCAGAAGCAGCAAAAGGAAAAGACCCGCUGGCUCAACACGCCCAACACCUACCUGCGGGUCAACGUGGCUGACGAGGUCCAGAGGAGCAUGGGCAGCCCCCGGCCCAAGACCACAUGGAUGAAGGCUGACGAGGUGGAGAAAUCCAGCAGUGGAAUGCCAAUACGGAUCGAAAACCCAAACCAAUUUGUGCCUCUCUACACCGACCCCCAAGAAGUGCUGGACAUGCGGAACAAGAUUCGAGAACAAAACCGGCAAGAUGUGAAGUCGGCAGGGCCGCAGUCCCAGCUCCUGGCGAGCGUCAUCGCUGAGAAGAGCCGAAGCCCGUCUACAGAGAGCCAGCUGAUGGCCAAGGGCGACGAGGACUCCAAAGAUGAGUCAGAGGAGACGAUGCCCAACCCCUUCAGCCAACUCACUGACCAGGAGCUGGAGGAAUACAAGAAGGAUGUGGAGAGAAAGAAACUAGAACGUGAAGGAGAGAAAGAAACCACUGCAGAGGAGCCUGGCUCACCUGUAAAGUCAGCACCUGCUUCUCCAGCAAAGAGUCCAGUGAAGUCGGAGACCAAGAGCCCUGUGGUCUCUCCCUCCAAGACUUUAGACGAAGGUGCUAAGACGACAGAAACAAGCAAAACCACCACAGAGCCCGAAGCAACGCAGCCAGAAGGGGUGGUGGUCAAUGGGAGGGAGGAUGAGCAGACCGCAGAGGAGAUUCUCAGCAAAGGCUUGAGCCAGAUGACCACCAAUGCCGACACGGAUGUUGACACCUCUAAGGACAAAACCGAGUCCGUCACCAGUGGCCCCAUGUCCCCAGAGGGCUCACCUUCCAAAUCUCCCUCAAAGAAGAAAAAGAAAUUCCGAACCCCAUCCUUCCUGAAAAAGAGCAAAAAGAAGGAGAAAGUGGAGUCCUGAUUUGUAGCCCCCUGGGACUCCCAUCUGCAUCCUCUCUCCCACCCUCCCUUCUCCCAUCUCUGUCCCUGGAAACACAGGGCCAAGGAGGGAUAGAGUAGGACCCUGGACCACACUCUGAUGGGGAAUGUAGAGAUUGCCCGACCAACCCCUCAUUUACACUUGCCCCAGAGAAAUCAGGUGACUUUCCCAAGGUCACACAGCUAGUUAGUGGCAGAGCCUGCACUAGAAUUCAGGUCUUCUGGCUCCCAGUCCAGUGCUCUUUCCACUACACAACACUGCCUAGUUGUGGGCUGCCUUCGUGAGGGUGCUGCCCACUGAGCUGAGCCCUGGGCCAGAGGGCCAGAGUGGGCCACAAGCUCUCACAGGCUCAGGCUAAAUCAGGUCGAGGCUUCCCCUGAACAAGGUCCUUUUCCUCGUGGGAACCCAAUCUCCUACUGAUGGAGUUAUCACUAUGUUUAGAAAUCUUUUUCAUAGGGUCCCUGCCUUGCUGCUCACAGUAACCAGACAAAUUGACCUGUACCCUCCACCAAAAGUUAAUCUUUGUUCCCAAGGGCUGAUGGCUUAGCUUGUGCUUCCCCAACCACUAACCCUGAGCUUUCUUCAUGGAACCUCCUGAAUUGCGGAUGAAAGAGUUGUGAGAGUUGUCAGACAUACAUCAAGCCAAGUCAGCCAUAAAAUGGAAGAUAAUGUAAUCAAUAAGGAAGCCUGGAGCUUGACCCAUGCAAAUUGUGUAUCUCAGGAGUUUCAAAAGUAAAACCAAAUUCAGCUUAGAAAA